AUGUCACUCCUCCGACCAACGUGCGCAUCGCUCGCGCGGCGACUCUGCACUGCACAACCGUUGUCGGAGCCAACCCUGAGGUCGCCUUUAUUAGCCCUUAUACAGCGACAUCGAUCAUCGCGACCGCAAUGUCGUGCCUUCGUCUCCACGCCCCGCUAUCGAGCAAGAGUUAUAGACACCCCGCAGAACCCGAGCAUCCCCUCAUCACGCAAGCGCACAGUCAGGAUAGGUCCUCUACCGGAAGGGCCAGUCAGCGAACCAACGAUACAUCGGAUCUUUGGGCGAAAGCUAUCGGGUCAUGAUGGUAACAAUGUUCUGCGGAUAUUACACCACCGAAGGACAGCAGGCUCGCUCGCCGACUAUGGCGUUGACAAUCUGGGGAAACAAUACACACACGUGAGCAGGGAUACGGCAUUGAAGGGCCUGGAGUGGUUACGAGAAAAGUACCCAAUAGAUGAGGCGCGUGCGGCGGAGGAAUGGGCAGAGAAGGAGGCAAACCGCAUAGCCUACGAGCUGUGGCUGGCCGACCCAGAAACUGAGUCCAAAUACAAAGACCCCGCUCGCGCAUUCCGAGAACAAAUGGAGAAGGAAGAGGCAGAGAGGAUACAACAGGAAGUGGACAAUCGGAAGAUUGGCAUACUGCAUGCAGGCAAGAGUCAGUUUGAGCUCAACAUCGAAGAGAAGAGGAGACAACGAUUAGAAGAGAUUACACGGAAAGCAGAAGAGAAGGAGCAACAAGAGAGGGAGAUGGAGGAGAAACUUGCGACUGGAGAGUACGUGCGUACACCAACUGGCACGCAGCUCAUGAAGCCCGGUCAAACAGCCUAUGUCGAUGUCUUCGGUCGCGAACAAGUCAGCCGGAGGAAAGAGGAGAUGGAGAAAUACAGCAAGGCAGCUCAAAUAACGGAUGCGAAGACGGAAGAAGAGCUACUCGCACAAACAACGCUUGCGCAACGUCUCUACCCCAUGUCCGCCUUUGUCUUCCUCACAGUCCUAAUCUGCUACGGUUUCGCCCACUACUACCUCCCGCCCUCGCCCUCCUACCGCCUCCUCCCCGACCUCAGCCCCACAACCGCCACCAUCGGCGCGCUGCUGGCCAUAAACGUCGGUAUAGCAGUAGCAUGGCGCGUGAUGCCCCUCUGGCCCAUCCUAACCCGCUACUUCAUGCACGUCCCCGGCUACCCGCGCGCCGUCCAAAGCGUCCUCAACGUCUUCAGCCACGUGCAGUACGAGCAUCUCCUCGCCAACAUGAUGAUGCUAUGUCUCGUCGGCCCCGCAUGCUGCGACCUCGUUGGCCGCGGCACCUUCAUGGGUACAUACAUCUCCGCUGGCGCCGUGGGCACUUUGUUCUCCCUCUACUGGGCUAAUCUCGGCCGCGGAAAUAUUACUGCUCAUUCCGUCGGUGCUUCCGCAGCUAUCUGGGGCAUCUCCGUCCUCUACUGCCUCCUCACCGAUCAAGAGAAACUCAAAAUCCCUUUUGUAAAAGAGCAGGAAGUGGCGUUUUGGCCUAAGAUGCUGUUGGGUGCUUUUAUCGCGCUUGAGAUCUUCCAAUCGUUCAAGAAGGGGACGUCGACUGCGGAUCAUGCUAGUCAUUAUGGUGGCAUGUUUGUCGGGUUUGUGACGGCGGGGUAUAUGCAUGCGAAUGGGUGGAAGGAUAGGCCGCGGUUUGUGGAUAGAGAGGGUGGCGUUGUUGAACAAGGGGUUCAGGAGAGGGCGGGCGUGGAUGGGAAGACGGUGGAUGUUGGGGCGGUUGUUAAGGACGUUAAGGAGAGUUUGACGGGCGGUGGGAAGUAG